AGUGUACUAUCUUUAAACCUUUACUCAAAGCUUUGUCGCACUGAAAGAGCGUAUUUUAUUCCUCUCUAGCCACGUGGAUGAGACGUUUAUUUGAUCAGAUAUGAAUAUCAUAUUUAACGCAGUUAUUAUCUACUAGCCGUGUUUGAGCAGAUAUCGUGCAUCAUGUAAGUUGUGAUGUUUCAGCCGAAGCCCAAAGGAGAUGUGUCGGAGUAAUGAAGCGGAGCUCCGGAGCGCCCCCCCGCGGUGAUGAGCGGAGUGACCCCGGCGGGAGGCGCUCAGAGCGGACCGCUGCGCUCCGGACCAUCAGCCCAAACUCCCGAAGAUUCGCUCAAACAGCCGACAAAACCCGCCGACUUCGCCAGAUCUCAUCUUCCGGGUCAUUCAGAGAGGAUGGUUUUCUCUAAUGAAGAAGCGCGGUCAGGUGAGAGGAGGGUCCUCCGCUCUCAGGGGUUGCCCUCGCCGGCUCUUUGCUGCGCUUGUGGGCUCUGCAUCAUGCUGGCGGGCAUUAACAUCACUCUGGUGGGCGCUCUGGCUUUUACCAAACUCCUCCCCUUAAACAACCCUCCCAUCAUCAUCGGGCCCAUCCUCCUCUUAGUGGCCUUUUCAUUCUUCGGAGCGUGUUGCAUCUGCAGCCGGCGAUCCAUCAGACAAAGCUCACUCACGCCCGCCGGACGGGACCGGUGGCCCCUGAUGAGGAUGGGCGGAGCCGUGUUCGAGAUGGAGACCAGUGAACCAACCCUACAGGACACCACAGCCAUUCAGCUCAGUCCGGCUAACUCGCCAAGCCCCUCCCACCGCUGUAGCCACGCCCACCUUCCCGGAGCUCCGCCCCACUCUUCAGAAACCUCUGUCCUCAAAGGGAAAUGAUGUUUACAAAACCCCAUAGCAGAUGAUUCAUACUCACAGUUUGGACACUCUGUCACAUCACAGUCUCAAAAUGAGACAUUUCUUAGUGUGCAUGAGCAGACGUGUGAUAGACCACUUUAGGAUAAAUUAUUUGAUGGGGGCCGGUAAUGAAUUCAGCUCACGGGGUCAGUCCGACCUUUGAAAGAAGACUUUGGUUGCGAAAUAAGAAAAGCAUAUCAUAAUUUCAUCAUCUCAGGCUCAGAAUAGUAUGAAAAGGAAGACCGGCUGAUAAAGAAUUAUUACAGGAUCGAUUUGGAAACGUUGGAGCCGUCGCUAACAUCCUUUCUGACAAAUCAGAUCUGGCAAAGUGAAAAUUUGUCACUUAGAAAUCGUGAACAAUUUUGGCUGGUUAGAGACAAAUUUAGUGCCUCGAAAAAAAGAUCAAACUUAUUCUGCAAGAUUGUAGCGGAAAUGCUUGAUUUUUACCCUUUUUGUGCGUGCAUGUCACAUAUAAAAUACAAUUUUGAGCCUCUGUUAAAAAACAUUGCUCUCUGUGUGAUCGAGGAAUGCCUGGCUGUAUUGUUUUUGAAAAUUGUUUAGCUGUACCUUUCACGUUAUUAUUUCACGAAAUAUGUAACGAUGUAAACACUUUCGGCUUGAGAUGCACAGAUUUUACAUUUCUUGAGCGGCUAAUUAUUUUCAUGCUGUUGCCGUGUUACAUUAAAACUCUUUAUUAUUCAGUCUAAAUAAAUAAAACGCAAAAAUCAAAUGCUACAAGUGAAUUCAAGCAUAUUCAGACAUUUUUUUGUGCAAAAAUAUAGGUAGUGUAAAACAAUAAUAUAUCAUUUUGUAUAUUGUAAUAUAAUGGUAUGAUAAAAGUAUAUUACAAUAGCAACAUUUGAUUUGUCUAUCUGAUUGAAUAAGCUAUAAACAUUGAAAAAUGAGCUCAAAUAUUUGUAAAGUUAAGCGAGGAAGGAGUAAGAGACUAAAAUCAGCUUCUUAUUAAUCAGCCUCUACCUGUGCAGGUCCAUAAUGGAUUGAUAUUCCUCCGAACACAGACAUCUCCUAUCGUACAGCACAAAUAUGUAAAGGCAGUGCUAUUUAGUGCUGUUUGUUCAGUGGUGCUGCUGCACCAUCUGUGCCCACAAGACAGUUACUGCUGCUUCUGAGGUGCACCGAUGUUUGUUACACAUGCAUAUCAGGGUACGGGCAGCGUAACAGACUUCUGUGUGCCUUUGAUCUCUUCUUUACGCGGCAAACUUUUGUCGACCUACUUAGCAGAGAUUUUCACCCGUGCAUAAACAUGGGGAUCCUUCGGAUGCGUGUGGACUAUUUGUGUGCACACAGUCAACUGCUAGAUGACAUUACAAAAUGGCACUGGCCGACAACUGCUUGUUCUGCAUCAUUAAACAGUUUUAAUGAGAAAAUCAUGCACUUUGAAGCAUUAUAGGUCAUGCGUUUAAGAAAAGUGCGAUAUCUGGCAGGUAAACGCACAACUUAAAUAUUUUAAAUAUAUAAUUUUUCUAACUAUUUAAUAUUCCCAUGUUUUAUUCAUGCUAUAUAGAUACUGUGUGUUUUUUUCUCUUUGUCAGAAAUAAAUGGAUUGAUCGGCUUUCCAUACACACCUUUUGACCGAUUAACUAUUUAUUAUUUAAACAUUUUCAUAUGACUGCACAGACAUUUUCAUUUUCAGCUCACAGAACUGUGUUUUCAUUUAUUCGUCUCAACAAAUCAUAAUAGACCUUUAACCUUGAUGCUAAUGUGCAUACUAUAAGACGUAUGAGGUGUUUCUCGAAAGAGACAGCAACUGUCAAACAUACACUAGUUUUGACCAAUGAACGUUAUCAUGAAGACUGAAUAAGGU